AUGAUGUGGAUUGAUGCAAUUAGAUAACGAAAGUAAGCAAUAUUAUUAUUUUUGAAUAGAGAUGGAUAAGAUAUAGCUAAUGAAUAUAUAAGACAUAAAUUAAGAUAGAAGAUGUCAAACAAUGAAUAGGUAUGA